AUGGAUUUAGCAACAAAGACAUUACCACUCGUCUUCGGUCGAGAAACAACAGCAACGUCGACAAGCGCCGCCGACGAGCUGCUGCUGCUGCUCCAAAACCCAUUUGGCUCACAGCUGCAGGUCGGUUCCAUUUGGGCCUCCGUUGGCACAUCCUUCGGCGUCACUGCCGGCGUCGCCCUCCUCUUCUCCCUUAUCCGCCCAUACCACACCGUCGUCUAUGCCCCCAAGCUCAAGCAUGCCGACGAGCAGCACGUCCCACCGCCCAUGGGCAGGGGCGUCUUUGCAUGGGUCGGCCCGUUGUGGAAGACCAACGAGCAGGACCUAAUUCGCAUGGUGGGCUUGGACGCUGCUAUCUUCAUGCGCUUCACCCUCAUGUGCCGCAACAUGUUCCUGGUUCUGGCCGUCAUCGGCUGCGCCGUCCUCAUCCCCAUCAACUACACCAACAGCGUCCGCUAUGGCAACGACGUCUGGAUUUCCAUGCUGGGCCCCGCCAACGUUUUUGGCAACCCGCAGUGGGCCACCUCCAUCAUCGCCUGGGUCAUCAACAUUGUCGUGUGCGUUUUCCUGUGGUGGAACUAUCGGAAGGUUCUCACACUGCGGCGGCAGUAUUUUGAGAGCCCGGAGUACCAGAUGAGCCUCCACUCGCGGACGCUCAUGUUGUACGACAUCCCCAAGCAGAUGGGCUCCGACGAGGGCAUUGCCCGUAUCAUUGACGAGGUCGCGCCUAAUUCGUCGUUCUCGCGCACGGCCAUUGCCCGCAACGUCAAGGUCCUCCCCGAGCUCAUCAAGGAGCACGACAAGGCCGUCCGUGCCCUCGAAAAGGUCCUCGCCAAGUACCUCAAGGACCCCCAAAACCUGCCGGCCGCCCGGCCCCAGUGCAAGCCGUCCAAGAAGGACCACUCCUACGACACCUACCCCAAGGGCCAGAAGGUCGACGCCAUCGAGUACCUGACCCAGCGCAUCAAGGACCUCGAGAUUGAGAUCAAGGAAGUGCGCCAGAGCGUCGACAAGCGCAACACCAUGUCCUAUGGUUUUGCCUCCUACUCGGACAUCAGCGAGGCCCAUUCGAUCGCCUAUGCCGCGCGCAAAAAGCGUCCUCAGGGCGCCACGAUCCGCCUGGCCACACGACCGAACGACAUUAUCUGGGACAAUCUGCCGCUCACUGCCGCCACCCGGAGCCGCCGCCGUUUCAUGAACAACCUCUGGGUCGCCCUGCUUACGCUCCUUUGGGUCGCCCCCAACGCCAUGAUUGCCAUUUUCCUCGUCAACCUCAGCAAUCUUGGCCUCGUUUGGAGCGCCUUCCAAACGCAGCUCGAGACCAAUACGCACUUUUGGCAGCUGGUGCAGGGUGUGGCGUCGCCCGCCCUCACAUCUGCUGUCUACCUUUUGCUGCCCGUCCUCUUCCGCCGCCUCGCCAUCCAGUCGGGCGACCAGACCAAGACCGGCCGCGAACGCCACGUCCUGGCCAAGCUGUACUCUUUCUUCGUCUUCAACAACCUUGUGAUUUUCUCCCUCUUUAGUGCCGUGUGGGGCUUCAUCUCGGCUGUUUUGGACAAGACAAGCACCGGCGAGGACGGCUGGAAGGCCAUUGUUUCCGAGAAGCCUGGUGACUACCUGCUGAGCGGUCUCUGCAACAUCUCGCCUUUCUGGAUUACCUGGCUCCUGCAGCGCCAGAUGGGCGUCGCCGUCGAUCUUGCUCAGCUGUGGCCGCUCUUCUGGGGCUUCAUUACGCGCAAGGUCUCCAGCCCGACGCCGCGCGAGAUGAUCGAGCUGACGGCCCCUCCACCGUUUGACUACGCCAGCUACUACAACUACUUCCUCUUCUACUCGACCGUGGCUCUUUGCUUUGCCGUCGUCCAGCCUCUCGUCCUUGCCGCGGCUGCCAUCUACUUUGCGAUUGAUGUUGUGCUGCGCAAGUACCUCAUUCUCUACGUCUUUGUCACCAAGACGGAGUCGGGUGGUGUCUUCUGGCGCGUCCUGUUCAACCGCAUGGUUUUUGGCACGAUUCUUGCCAACCUCGUCGCCUUCCUCAUCGUCUUUGUCCGCGGCAACGCAAACCACUUCCAGGCCUACGUCAUUGCCCCCCUCCCCUUUCUUAUGGUCGCCUUCAAGUGGUACUGCGCCCGCACCUAUGACGACAAGAUGCAGUACUACACCACGCAAAACGUCAUGGCCAACCCGGAGGCCGGCCUCGAUAUUGCCAACAAGGAGAACCUGCGCAGCGACCGCCUGGCCGCUCGCUUCGGCCACCCUGCCCUCUACAAGCCGUUGAUCACGCCCAUGGUGCACGCCAAGGCCCAGAACAUCCUGGCCAGUGUGUACUCGGGCCGCUUGACGGCCGGCCGCGAGGCUGGCUCGGGCGACAGCGCUUCUGUCUCUGGCUACUCGGACACGUAUGCGAUGGACCCCAUGAACGCCAAGCGCCCUGGCAAGGCCGCCGGGGCCGUUAUGCCCGGCUUUGAGGUCGUGCCGGAGUCGCGCCUGGACUUUGAGUACUACAAGAACCGUGACGAAUUCGCCGAUGAGCACGGCGGCGGCGAGAUCUUUGGCACCGCACGCGACCUUAUCCGCCCCGGCACACCUGGCAGCAUGAUGGGUGCUACCGACUCACGGCCAGGCACUCCGGUCGGCGGCAUGACGGGACGUCGGCAGUUCUCCACAAACACGACGGCCUAUGGUGGCGGCGGCCGUAUGGGUAGUAUGGGAGGUGGUCCCGAGACGGGCACGAUCUACGAGCCCGGCUAUAACAAGCCUGGCAUUCCCAGUCCCCCGAUCGCCAACCAGUCUCAACCCAUUAUCAACCCAGUGCGCACGCGGUCGCCCUCUCCCUAUGACGGCAUGCGCUCAACAUCACCUGGUCCCAAUGUGUUGCUGGGCACCGGCCUCGAGUCGUCGCGGUCACGGUCCCCUAUGUAUAGCGCCGGCCAUAGUGGCAAUGACAGCCUGAGCGACCUGGUCGGCAACGCCGCCGCCAUGCCGGUGGCCGCGCCCAUUCCUCGCCGUGCGGUUCCCGGCUACUCGAGCAACAACGGCUCGUUCAGCACGCGGCAAGCGAGCGGGCCCGCCCCCGGUAUGUACGGCGGCGGUCCUGGCGGCUACGGCAAUCUGCCGCAGGAGGAGCUGGAGCAGGACCCUACGCAUUAUGACUACUUCCGCGGCGGCAAUCGCCCCGCACGGCGCGAGACCAGCAACACUACGCCGAGUAACCAGAGCCGUGCCAACCUACCGCAGGGGGAGCCGGGCCAGGACCCGACGCAGUACAACUACUUCCGGGGCGGUAGCCGACCGCAGCGGCGUGAGACGAGCAACGUCUUGCCGAGCAACGCGAACCAGCAACACAACUACCCGGGCAGCAAUAGCCGCAGCAACACAACGGGCGGUAUGGGCCGACCACCGCCGAGCUAG